UAGAGCUAAUCAUGGCUUUGGUAGAAUUCUUAUAUCUAUCUUAAUGUUACAUUUUUUAUUAGUGCUUGGUCUGCAUUCUCAUAGUCUUGAGUUCGGCUGAUUUAAAGUACCAUGAAAGUCUAGACAAAAAAAGACAGGAUUGUAGGUCAACGCCACUACAAAUUUAACUGAAAUUUCAUAUAAGAUAUCUAGUCCAUUGAACAAAUGAAGAACAAAUGUUAGAUUGCUCCUGGUUAGCUUUAAGGUGUCACAAUUUUUCUUUUGCCUUCACGUUUUUUUUCCUCAAAUACUUUCGUACAAACAGUCACAUACUAUGCAUGUUGGGCGCUCACGACCAAAGGCCGGCUCUUACGUUGGUGCCUCCAAUGAUACCGAAGCCACCCAACCCACGUUGACAUUUGACCUCUGAAGUUCUUCGACUCCCCCCCCACCCCUUCCCUGACAUUUUGGUGGUGGGCUCCCAGCCAAACAUCCCACUGUUUUGACCGUGGGCACAAUUUGCCCUCUCUUUCCCGCAUCUGAAGCACAGCAUCAUCGCACUCAGCCUCCAGCACUCAAAUGGUGCCGCAUAAAACCCCCAAUCCCACGCGCCCAAACGGACCAUUAGCAAAAACCCCAACGGCACAAAAUAUACCCGCAGCUUUGGUCUAGAAGCCCCAACGAAACAAAAAUACCCGGAGAGGGAGGGGGAAAAGGGAAAAAACAAAGAACCGUGAGAGCGAGAAGCGAGUCGAAGAGAGAGAAGGGAGGGGGGGACAAAAAGCGAGAGAGAGAGCGAGCAAGCACGCGAGUUUUUCCGCUCUUCAGCGAUCAAUCCAGUUCAACGGGCCCCGACCGAGCGAAGGAAAGAGAGAGGAGAGAGAAAGCAAAGAGCGAAGGAAAGAGAGAGGAGAGAGAAAGCAAAGAGAGAGGAUUGUAGCUGCGUCCACGGCUAUGCGCUUCGAAUCGAAGCGUGUCACACUACUCCGAGCGAGCUCGAAGAGAGCGCGGAGCAGAUCGCCGUCCGCUUCUAUCUCGCGAUUCCGGAGCAAAAUGAGAGCUUUUUGGAGCUCCAGGCAGCCGAAUGGGGCUCGAUUCUAGUCGCCUCGCAUUGUUCUAGGGUUUUCGAUCACCCUCUUUGAGAAUUCGGAUUUCAAGUUGGCGUCUGUGGAGGGAUUCGAGCUCGGAAUCUCCGUUCUUCGUGUCGGUUCCUGAUCCUGUCUCGCUUUAGGGUUUUGGUCGGGAAAGAUGAUAUUUUGGUCUGCAUUGCUCUGGCGGAGAAGUUGGGAAUUGGGUAUAGCUCUCGCUGUCUCUAAGAAAAGGUGCAAACCCUAAUCUUGGUCAAAACCCGGGAAGCAGGGAAGGGGCACGGUAGAGCUUCAAUUCGAUUGAUCUGGUGAAUAAUUGCAUGGCCACUGUUUAUUGAGAGAUGCCGCCGCCUGCACAGCCACCGCCACCACCAACUCAGCAGUCUCGUACCAAUCUCGGGGACCUGAAGUCCCAAAUAGCGAAGAGGCUUGGGCCAGAACGAGCUCAGAGAUACUUCGGCUACCUGAAUGGUUUGUUAUCUCAUAAGCUGAGCAAGCCUGAGUUCAAUAAGCUCUGUCUUUUAACGCUUGGGCGCGAGAACCUCCCCUUGCACAACCAGCUUAUUCGCUCGAUCCUUAUAAAUGCCUGUCAGGCCAAGAGUCCGCCCCCUGUUGUCCAUGACAAGGGUGCGUCAAAGCCUGUCGGAGCUGUGGCAAAGAAAUCUCCUCAGAUAGGCGAUAGUUUCAAUUCAUCCCUGGCCCCGAUUGCACCAGCAUCCAUUUGGUCCAAUGGAGAUAUCUUCCCGCCAUCCCCUCGCAAGUUCAGGUCUGUCAUUCGGGACCGGAAGAUUAAAGACCGCCCGAGCCCCCUUGGACCAAACGGGAGGUCAGAAGUUGCUGCUCUUCAGUCUUCAGUUCCCACUGAUGUGGUUACCGUGAGGGAGAAUGGUGACUUGAAUUUGUGUGAUUUGAAGAGACCAUUGCAACAUCAACAAGGUGGGCCCGCUGAUCAGCCAGCCAAGAGAGCACGGACAGAGAAGCCGUCACCACUUGAAAGGGAUUCUGUUCAUAGCAAGGGUCUUGCUGAAGUGGUUGUUCUGGAAGAUAGGGAGGACUUGGAGCAUAUGGAUGAUCUGAACUCUGCUAGAGGUCCUCUUCAGGCUCCACUUGGAAUUCCCUUCUGUCCUGCAAGUGUAGGUGGAGCUCGAAGGUCUCUGCUGCUGGCAGCUAGUGUGAGCAGCAGUGGCUUUAGUAGCAGCUAUGAUUGUGGUGAACUGUGCCAUACUGAAGUAUUGAAGAAACGAAUGGAGAAAAUAGCAGAAGCACAAGUUUUGGGAGAGGUGACGAUGGACUCUGCCAAUUUAUUGAAUAAUGGACUGGAUGCUUAUUUGAAGCGGCUGAUUAAGUCGUGUGCCGAGAUAGUACGGGCAAGGAAGGGGCAUGAACCAAUAAAGCAGCUGGCUUAUAAGCAGCAGCCUCAUGGGAAGCCAAUCAACGGUGUUUGGCUGGGAAAUCACAUGCAAGUACAACGUAGUGGUGGGCCUUUGGAGAGCACACAUGAGCUGAAGAACCAUUGUUCUAUAUCUCUGCAGGAUUUUAAGGUAGCAAUGGAGCUAAAUCCGCAGCAACUAGGGGAGGACUGGCCCUUGCUAAUUGAGAAAAUAUGCCUCCAUUCAUUUGAAGAAUAAGUGCAUAUCCAGAUCAAGCUUUCUGGUUUGAAGCAAAUUGCGGCUGGAUGGGUUCUGAUACCCAUGUGCCGGCCUGUUUGGGCUGUUACAGAAAGAAUCACUUUCCACAGCUUAAAAGGUGCAGCUUGGCUGAUUUCUUUGGGGAUCUGAGCAGAAGAAUUCUGUAAGAUCCCACUGUGGGGUCCAUGCUCAAGCAAGAACACAUUUUUUAAGAUCAAUCUGCUCAAAGGAAAGAAAUUACCCCCUGUUUGAUCCAUUUGUUGUAUGUUUAGAAUCCAUUUGGGGGCAUCUCUACCACACCCAGAGAUAUCGAGCUUUCAUGUAAUUUACAGCAUGGAGUGACUCCGAAGACAGUUUUGCAGGAAUACUGUUCUGUAACUUAUACCAUCUUGUUCUGUAAGUUUUGCGGGUUGCGGUGUAUGUAUAAUCAAUUGCGAAAAUUGCUUGGUUGGUUCAAUACCAUUUCAUGGAUCGUUUCUGAUUUUUUCAAUUUGAAUUUCUUUAUCAUUUAACAAUUAGAUACAUGGAAAAUUUUUUUGUCUGUUUUCUACUAAGAUAUGUUCUGUUUAUAUAGCGUUUCUUGAAUAAAUAAUGAGCACUUAGUGAUGGGAGUUUUUUUUUUUAAUGUUUGUUUCACUACUGACUUUUAGUUUUUUUUUGAUGUUACUGUUUCACUAAGAACUUUGCCAUAUCACUGAGGUAAGCGAGAGCCUAGAGGUUUCGGGUCUGAUAAAGAUGUUCUUUAUUUCGUUACUCAUCAUGGAAUACUGAAUAGAAAAAGAAGUGCUUACUAUCUAAAUACUUUGUGGGUAGCAAUGGCCUAAUUUCUGAUGACUACUAAAAUGUGAAUUUCCAAGAGCAGUCAUUGGACGGAUGAAUUUUCGUUUAUUUUUUCUUCAUUUUCAUAUGGAGGAACGAUAAUUCUGAUUGUGAAGAGUCAUAAUCAAAAUAUUCAUGCAUGUAAAUUUAGAUUAUUUUAACUGUUAUACCAUCGGAGAAGAAAAGGAGAAUUUUAUUCAAAUGCCUGUCUUUCUCCGAUCUGCUCUACUAAUACAUUAUCCCUUUUUUCCCUGUAUAUUUGUAUUGAUAAAUGGCCAUGGUGGGUUUUUAACCAACUUUUGUUUAUCCUUAACUGUCUCUAAUAUGUGUCUGUUACUGCUUCAUGUCCCUUCCCUGGUACCUGUCACUCACAAUGGGCUGUGCCAAAUAUUGCCUGAGCUAUCCUACAGGGUUUAGGAACUAAUUUUACUAGACAGAGCUAAUCAUGCAUUUUUUAUUAAUAACCUUUGUUCUUACAAUGAUUGUACUUCAUUAUUGUUGGAUUUUGAGAUCUAAGUGGUAGAAACAUAGAACUUCUGAACUAUUUUGUGCAUGCAGGGAUGGGCUUGCUUUUUCUUUAUACUUGUUUUCCUAUAUGGCCUUUUUUGGCUACUUGUUUAGAGGCUGUAGCCAAAAAUUGGCAUGUAUAAAUAUUUUCUAGAGGUGUAGGAAGAGUGAAAUGUGGACUUAUGUCAAACUUAAAAUGAGUAUUGAAUAUGCACACAUGUAAUAAAUUGGGGCUUGUCCCAAUUCUCAAACCUCUCUAGCUAGUAAAUAGAGCUUCUAGGUUUGAAUCUUGGGUGGUGCAUUCCCAAGUAAUAGGACCUAGGUAAUUAUAACGCAUAUGAGCUUCCUUCCCUUUCUCUCAGAAAAAUUAUGCACACAUGGAAGCAUCUAAAUAUAUCCUAGAAUUUUAAAUUGUAGGUGUGUGUGUGAGAGAGAGAGAGAGAGGGAGAGAGGUGUCUUAGUAGAUCCUUACACAUGUCCAUACGGGUUUCCUACAUGCUUGCACAUACGGACAAAUAGACAAUAAUAUCAUUAAGUCAAUGAAUCAACUAUUGAAAUACCCCAUUUUUGUCCCUAAUUGCACAAGCAAAGCAAGAAGUUUGCUUUUACCCCAUGAUGUUCGUGAUCUUACUACAUUACGAUAUUGAUGCUUUUUCUGAAUGAAUUUAAACUCUGUGUUCAUGGUUCUUUUCCAAUAGAAUGAUUUACUAGCAGUUAAAAAACACUUGAAUGAAUCUAAUUGUUUAUUGGAGUCUUAUGAAUAACUUCUUUUGGAAAAAGAUUCUCUUAAAUACUAAGCAAUGAUUUUGCAAGAUCCAUGUGAGGGUGGAAAUGUACCGAGUUUGCUUCUAUUUAAGCAGUUGGAUUAAAUGAGGUACUUUAAAUGUUCAAAAUAUUGUUAGUAUCAGCUAGUUUGUGGCAAUUAUGUAAGAAAGACUUGCUGGUAUCUAUUGAAGAUGUGUACAAUAUGUUCCUAAAUAAUGCUUUUAUUGGUCAGUUAUCCUCACGUGUAGAGUUAUCUCAUGUUUGAAGAUGCUCAUAAAUAUAUUAGAAUGUCUAUGAAGGGAGAGACUGGGAUCUAUGUUGAUAUCUACCUCCUCACAGAAAAUGCAACUCUGGUUUGUCAUUAGGAAGACUACAAGUUUGCAACCUUAGUUCAUUCCUGGUGAAAACCAUUAAUCAAUUCAGGCUAUAAGAUGGAGGAAAUAGCUGAUUAAAGCAUAGAUACCAACGGGCAGAAGAGGCAAACUUGGAGCUCUAAAAAAAUGAAUGAAGCGGUCGCAUAUCUUUUUCAUCACCUCAACAUGUAUUCUACAGUACUUUGUAUGUAAUUUGAUUAUUUUGUAAAAAGAAAAAAAUUAUUUAUUUUGCUUUUACUGAGUUGCUUCCCUCGGUAUGCUUGGAGUGCAAGAGGCAAAAGAAAGGCUGUUGAAAGAUAAGGUGCAUAAUUGGCUAUGCUGUUUUCUUUUUAAAAAAAUUGUAGUGCUAUUCUUGUUUGAUAUUAGUGAAUUAUAUUUUUGGAUAUUUUUAGGUUAA